AUGGGAAAACUCAUUCGUUUGGAGCUUUUCAACUUCAAGUCCUACAAGGGACAUCAUGUCCUCCUAUUCGGAGAUGCGUAUUUCACGUCGAUUAUUGGCCCGAACGGGUCCGGCAAGUCAAACUCGAUGGAUGCCAUAUCUUUCGUUCUAGGAAUCAAGUCUUCUCACUUGCGAUCGACGAAUCUCCGUGACCUUGUGUACCGCGGCCGUGUUUUGCGCACAUCUAAAGUAGAUGGAGAGCCUGCUGCCGAUGAGCAGGAUGGCGAACAAGAGGAGGAGCCAGAGAGCAUGGAUGUCUCCCAAGAUGCCGGUGGAAACGACCCGAAGUCCGCUUGGGUGAUGGCAGUCUAUGAGGAUGACGCAGGCGAGGAGCAGCAAUGGCGCCGAUCUAUUACUAGCCAGGGUGUUAGCGAGUACCGCAUCAACAACCGAAUCGUGUCCGCCCACCAAUAUAACGAGGCCUUGGAGGAGGAGAAUAUCCUGAUCAAGGCGAGAAACUUCCUGGUGUUCCAGGGUGAUGUCGAGGCAAUCGCAUCCCAGUCGCCCAAGGACCUUACUCGGUUGAUUGAGCAGAUCUCUGGCAGCCUGGAGCACAAAGCCGACUAUGAAAAGUUCAAGGCAGAGGCGGAGGAGGCCGCAGAACAGCAAACCGUUCAGCUCAACCGUCGACGAGGAAUCAAUUCCGAAGUCAAGCAAUACCAGGAACAGAAGCGAGAGGCCGAGAACUAUGCGAAAAAGGCCGAGGAACGCGACCAGGCCAUUAUCACUCAUAUCCUAUGGAAGCUCUUUCACUUCCAGCGACUGAUUGACGACUCCAGUGCGGAUAUCCAGAAAUAUCAAGAUGAGCUCAAAGAGUACCGCCGUGGCGUCGAGAAAUACGAGAAGAACGUCGAAGAUGCUAAGAAAGACCAUGCUCGAGUCGGUAGAGAUGUCGGCAAGGCCGAGAAGAACAUCAUGAAGAAGGAGAGGGAUAUUGAAGAACUCAACAACUCGCUUGUGCCUGUCGACGAGAAGAUCGACAUCACCCAGAAGAAGGUUGAGAGAUACUCUUCAAAGAUCACCGAGAUCGAAAAGGAGCGCACAUCACAAUCCAACAAUGGCAAACAACUAGAAAAAGAUCUCAAGCUUGUCGAGAAAGCUCAGGCUCAGUGGGAAGUCGAAUGGCAGAAGACGAUGAGCAAGAAGGGUGGCCAGCUGAGCGAAGCCGACCAGCAGGAGUACCACAAGCUCAGAGAAGAAGUCAAUCGGCGUUCAUCGGCGGACUCCUUGAACCUGGACAAUCUGCGCCGGCAGAGAAAGACCGAAGCCGAAGCAGUCAACAGCUUGAAGGGCAAGUUUGAGAACACUGAAUGGCAACUCAAAUCUGUUGAAUCCGAUGUCCAGAACAUGACCGAACGCAAGUCGUCUCUCAAUGACGCCGUCAAGUCCACCUCUAAAGACAUUGACCGUAAGAAGAAGGAGCUGAAUGCAUUGACUUCCGAGCGUUUAAAGGUCUCGCAAAUGCGGACCGAGCUAGAAGAAAAACUUCAGGUGGUGUUAAGAAAACUUCUCGAGGCCGAUGAUGGUAAGAAGCAGACCGAACGCGAACUCCGGGCCAAGGAGUUGAUCUCAGCCUUGAAGCGCAUCUUCCCCGGUGUUAAAGGCCGCGUCAGUGAUCUUUGCCGGCCGAAGCAGAAGAAAUACUCCGAUGCAGUCAGCACCGUACUAGGACGACACUUCGACGCCAUUGUUGUGGACAACGAGAAGACUGCUAAAGAGUGCAUUCAACACCUGCGCGACCAACGAGCAGGUCAGGCCACAUUCAUCCCUCUAGAAACCAUUCAAGUCAAGGCAUUCAACUCGAACCUGAAGGGCAUGCAUCGGGGCAUGCGGCCUGCGAUUGAGACUGUUGACUACGAUGAUUCGGUUGCGCGAGCAAUCAGCUACGCGUGCGGCAACUCUAUUGUAUGUGAUGAUCUGGCGACGGCCAAGUAUCUUUGCUACGAACGAAAUGUGGACGCGAAGGCUGUCACCCUCGAUGGAACUGUCAUCCACAAGGGUGGUCUCAUGACUGGUGGACGUGGUCCUCAGCAGAACUCCAAGCGCUGGGAAGAUUCUGAGGUUGAGAACCUGUAUAAAUUAAAGGAGAAGCUCAUGAGUGAUCUCACUACCCUCCCCAAGAGUCACCGCCGAGGCUCCGAAGAAGAGACGCUCCAGGGUGAGCUCGUCGGUCUCGAGCAGCGCCUCGCUUACUCCCGUGAUGAGUUGAAAGCCCUUGAGAGGAACCUCGAGAGCAAGCGUAGCGAGCUUGACUUCGUUAAGCGCCAGAUGGAGGAAUUGCGACCCAAAUACACCGAGCGCAAGGAAAACCUUGACGAGCUAGACGAGACAAUCGAAACGUCACAAGCUUCGGUUAGCACCGUUGAGGAUGAGAUCUACCGCAAGUUCUGUAAGCGCUUAGGGUAUGAUGAUAUCCGAGAAUAUGAGGCCCAGCAGGGCUCUAUGCAGGAAGAGGCCGCACAAAAGAAGCUUGAAUUCACCACCCAAAAGAGCCGAAUCGAGAAUCAACUCAGCUUUGAGAAACAGCGUAUUCAAGCCACCGAGGACCGAAUCAAUGGCCUCAAAGCCCAAUAUGAGCGCGAUCAGAGCCUGAUUGAAGAGCUGCAAAGUCAGCAAGAAGAAAUCCGCAACCAGCUCGAUGAAUUCGAAGCGGAACUUGAGCUCCUCCGAGAGGCACUCGAGAAGCAGAAGCAAAUCUAUGGCCAGUCAGCAGAAAACUUGGCAGAGCAGCGCCGUGAACUCCAGAGGCGUAGCAAGCACGUUGAAACAGCGUUGAAGAACGUCAAUGCGCUUGAGGCAGAGAUUCAGAGAAACUCUUCCAGUCGUUACGCUCUUCUGCGCCGCUGCAAACUUGAAGACAUUGAUGUUCCUUUGACCGAGUCUUCCAAUUCGCUUGACAAGCUUCCAAUCGAUGACCUUGUGCAAGCAGCAGACCCGGAUGCUAUGGAGGUGGAUGAAGGAGACGGUUUGGACGAGGCUCCUCCGGUGCACGAUUAUGGUAUUGAAGUCGACUUCGAUUCUCUGGGAGAGACCCUGAAAGAGGAGGCCGAUGACAAGCUCGAGGAUGAACUGCUCGAAAAGGUCCGUGUUCUCAACAGCGAGCUCGACAAGAUGGCCCCGAAUGCGCGUGCCAUGGAGCGCUUGGAGAAUGUCGAGAACAAACUUCGCAGCACCGAAAAGGACUUCGAGGACGCCCGGAAAUCCGCACGGAAGGCCAAGGAAGAGUUUGAGUCCGUGAUGAAGACGCGGUCCGACCUCUUCAAUAAGGCAUUCACCCACAUUUCCGAGCAAAUCGGGCCGAUUUACCGUGAACUCACGCGCAGUGCCAAUUACCCCCUGGGCGGUCAAGCCUACCUCGAUAUUGAGGACUCGGACGAGCCCUACUUAGACGGCAUCAAAUACCACGCCAUGCCUCCCCUCAAACGUUUCCGAGACAUGGAACACCUGUCAGGUGGUGAGAAGACCAUGGCCGCACUCGCUUUGCUGUUCGCUAUCCACUCGUACCAGCCGUCUCCAUUCUUCGUGCUGGACGAGGUUGACGCAGCCCUGGACAACACCAACGUCGCCCGCAUUGCCAACUAUAUCCAUGACCAUGCCGCACCUGGCAUGCAGUUUAUCGUGAUUAGUCUGAAAACCGGACUGUUCCAGAACAGUGAGGCUCUGGUCGGUAUCUACCGGGACCAGGUCGAGAACAGCAGCAAAUCGUUGACGCUUGAUCUUCGGAAGUACACCUAA